AUGUCUUUAAAAAUUUUAAUAGGCAGUUAUAAUGUAAAUAAAACUCUGAUUAAUCAAGAUUUAUCAAAUUGGUUAUUUUCUUUGUGGAAUUCAUCUGUUGACACCACUAAUGUCUUCUCUUCUAAUAUACCCGACAUAAUAGUAAUAGGUUUUCAAGAGUUAGUUCCUUUUCCCGAUGCAUUUUUUGGUGUUGAUAAAGAUCUUUUAGAUCAUUAUUCACACCUUAUAGAGCGAGCAAUAGUUAAUUGCAAUAAAGAAAGUUAUACACAAGUAGUUAAAACUUCUUUUGUGGGACUGGCUUUAUUCAUCUAUUUUCGAGAUUUGACAGCUGUCACUUUGAUUCGUUCUGUUGAUGUGGAGGAGGUGGGAGUUGGACCGUUAUGGAUUGGGAAUAAGGGAGCUUUGGCAGCCAGAAUAAUUAUUAAUAGUGGUGGAGAUGGCGACGAGAAGGAUAUUUCAUUAUGUUUUGUAUGUGCACAUUUGGCGCCACAUGAUUAUAAUAUAUCAGCAAGGAAUGCGGAUUUUAAAAGCAUAUACUAUUUAUUUUUUUUUGGUGAUUUAAAUUAUAGAAUAAGCACUACUACUAUUUAUCAUCAACAACAAUUACUAGAACUACCUACACAUUCAAAAGUAAUAGAACAUAUAGAAGCACAACAACUUGAUCAGAUUAAACCGUUUGAUCAAUUGACCAUUGAAAAAUUAAAUAAUCGAAUUUUUCAUGGUUUCGAGGAAGGUGACAUCGAUUUUCCACCGACAUAUAAAUUUAUUAUUGGAAGCGAUAACAAGUAUGAUAUGAAACGAGUACCUGGAUGGUGUGAUAGAAUUUUGUAUUUUUGGCACCAAGAAAAAAUAAUAGGCGGAGGAAUAGAGAAUGAAGGAGGAGGAGAAGCUGGAAGAUUAGCGUUUAAAGAAGGAAGUAACCAUUUGUCCAAGAAGAAUGAGAAUGAGAAUAGUAAUAGUAAUAAGGAAGAACCUAUUAUUAAAUUAGAAUAUUAUAAUUCUAAUAGAAAUUAUACAUUUUCAGAUCACAAGCCAAUAAUAGCAUUAUUUACUAUAAAAACAAUAUUAUCACCACCAGAGAAAAAGCAGCAGAUUAGAAGAACGUCUUCAUCACCAUAUGAAUUUGAUUCUUGGAAAAUUUUUAAAUCUAAUUUUGGUAAAAUAUCUGCUAAAAUUGUUGGAUAUGCUUGGUGGUUAUUUGGAACUAGAAAGGGUACAAUAUUAUAUGUUACAUUAAGCUUCAUAAUACUUAUCAGUUGGUGGAUGAUUGAGAAUUUACAAUAA